AUGGCACACCUACAAGAGUUAUUCAACCAGGCGAUAAAGCCUCUUCCGGAGAUUGAGGACAAGUCCUUCGCCUCCUAUUUUGACUCGUUUGCAGAUAAAAAGGUGAUGCUAAUCGGCGAUGGAAGUCACGGUACAUCUGAGUUCUAUCAUGCGCGUGCAGAGAUCACAAAGCGGAUGAUCAAGGAACACGGCUACACCAUAGUUGCCGUGGAAGCAGACUGGCCGGAUGCCGAAGCCAUUGAUCGAUAUGUUCGCCUAAGGCCCGGUCCCAAGGCACAAAUUGGAGGCAAGGCAAAGGGUUUCGAGCCCUUCAAAAGAUUUCCGACUUGGAUGUGGCGUAACCGAGAGAUGCAGGAGUUUGUCGAGUGGAUGCGCGAGUGGAACAGCACUCAGCCGCCUGAGAAGCGUGCGGGCUUUUACGGACUGGACUUAUAUAGUAUGGGCUCUUCAAUCCGUGCGGUGAUAGAGUAUCUUGACCGUGUCGAUCCGGAAGCCGGUAAGAUGGCGCGGCAACGCUACGGUUGCUUGGAGCGUUGGGUUGAAGACCCCUCUGCGUACGGUCUUGCUACCAUACGUGGAAUGGAGGAUUGCGAGCCUCAAGUGAUGAGAAUGCUACGAGAUCUCCUCGCCAACAGACUGAAAUACAUCGAAUCUGACCCACGUGAUGGUGAGGAGUAUCAGAGUUCGUCGCAGAAUGCAUUCCUCGUUCGAGAUUCCGAGCAGUACUAUAAGUUAAUGUACUGGAGCUCAGCUACUUCUUGGACACUGCGAGAUACCCAUAUGGUCGACACUUUGCAGCGUAUCUUGCAGCACCACCCACCUCCAGAACACAAAGCUGUAGUAUGGGCCCACAACUCUCACGUCGGCGACGCUCGAUUCACUAGCAUGGGAAGCCGUCGAAAUGAGGUCAACAUUGGUCAGAUAUGCCGUGAGCGAAUGGGCCGUGAGAAUGUCGCAAUUCUUGGAUGUGGAACCCACACAGGCACCGUCGCGGCUGCACACGAGUGGGACGAUGAUAUGGAAGUCAUGGCCGUCAAUCCUUCCAGAAAGGACAGUUGGGAAAUCGUGGCGCAUAACACUGGCGUACCUCGUUUCUUGCUAGAUCUUCGACGCGAGCACAUUGACCCGACCCUACGUGCUGCGCUCGCUGGGGAAAAUCGUCUUGAGCGGUUUAUCGGUGUCAUAUACCGCCCUGACACGGAAAGAAUGUCGCACUACUCACAAGCACAACUACACAAGCAAUUUGACGGCUACAUAUGGUUCGAUCGCACAGCCGCUGUCAAACCCCUCGAAGUCAUUCAGCCCGUCACGCCGCUCGGAAAAGAGGAGACUUACCCAUUUGGACUUUAA